AUGGCUGGCACCGAAGAAUUGGUCGAUCUGUCACUCUUCGCAACUUCACCAACCUUUGACCGCCAUUUCGCGGUACCAGAUGCACCCGGGCAACAGCAUGAUAUUCAACCAGAUGCACAUGCUCUGAGGAAUUUCAGUCGACCUCUGCCGAGAGACUACUCAUCAAAACCCCUCCCACCUCUUCCUCGACGACGAAUGUGCCCGACACCAAGAUGUCCGACACCAAAGCGUUGCGACAUCGAGUCUCAUUGUAUAAUUAACAAGAUCAAGAGGGCCAGAAGCAAUGACCGGCCUCCUACCCAGAACACAGACUUACUUCGACGACGCAAUCUGACCUCGCCAACUCCCCAGGUCGGCUUUUCAGCUUACCAAGAGAAUACCAUAUCGCAACGGCGAAACCCAACUUCGCCAGCUCCCCAACUCACCCUGUCAGCUCCACAGUCGAACUCUCGAAGCCUCAAUACGGCUUCUGCAAUGGUCUGGAUGCCAGAGGAACAGAUGUGGCUUAUCGCUGGUGAGAUGCAGCGAGAUGUCAUCUCGAGUCAUGAACCGCACCCAGCGCCGCCAGCUUACACACCAACUUACAUACCGAGGAAUUGCACCCGCUCUGAACCGUCUCCUACCAUUCGGUCUCAUCAUGACCUCACACCGCCUAUGACUCCCGUCCAGGUCCAGCUUGAACGUCUCCUCGAGCAACAACGACGAGAGCCACUUCCCCAGCCGCCAUCAAUCCUACGAGACGAGGAGAGAUUUUCGCCAUUGUUCCAGGAAGCCAUGAACUCCGUCCCGAUGCUGGAUCCGGCGGAGCUCGCUCCUCCGUCUUUAUUCUCGAAUCCAGCAGGGAAAGAUAGACCACGUACUGCGGGCACUCCAGCUUUGCGGUCGCAGAACUCGACCGCGAUAGACCUGAGAUCAAGAUCUCUGUCUGUGGAUAGCCAAGCUGCUCAUUCGAGGAAUAUUUCAUCGAGCACCAACAGCUUUCAUAGCGCUGUGGAGGACUUAUAUGGAGACGCCAAUUCUGCUCCACGGUCGUGGAUUGGUUUAGCUAGGAAGAUUGCGAGACCGGCGUCUGCGACACGUUGA